AUGACAGCAAAUACUUUUAUAAAUGCUUGGGAUGAACAAUCUGACCAAUUGGGACAAGCUGUCUGUAGACGAAUUAGAGAAAAAUUUUCGAGCUUAUUAAAUUAUUCUUUACAUGUUUCUGGACUACAACAACAACGAAUACCUUUUGGGCCUACUUCAUUGAGAACUGAUUUAUUGGAUCGACAAAAUUUAGCAUCAUUAUUUGAAAGUCUCAAAAUGUGUAAAGAACUUUAUUCGCAUUUUUUAAAAGCCAAUAUUUGCAAAAAUAUUCCUUUCGAACUUUUUUCUCCAAAAAUAAAUUUAAUUGAAAAUAAUAGAAAAAGGAAAAUAUUAGAAAAUGAAGAAGAAAAUAAUAAAUUAAAAAAUAAAAUAUUACCACCAGAAAUUAACAAAAAAGAGGAAGAAAUUAUUAAAAUUAAUAAUAAUCAACAACAACAAAUAAAUAAAAAAUUGGAUAUGCCAAUACUUCGACAAGUUUUAGAACAACAACAACAGACAAUACCUCCAACAAUUAAUAAUAAUUUAAAUAAUGGAUUAACUUUAAGAGAAAGACAUAAAGAAAUGGCUUUAUUACUUGAAAGGCCUCCAUUAAUUUCAAUUUUAGAUGAAAAGGAAGAAGAAGAAGAGGAAGAGGAAAAGGAGGAUUUAGUAAUUGUUGUGGAAGAAGAAGAAAAAAAUAAAGAUAAUGUUGAAGAUGAUGAUGAAGAAGAACAACCAUUAAAUUUGUGUUUGCGUGAUGGGGCUAAUUAA